UUACCCCCGUACUGCUCCUGCCGCUUUCGGCCAACUGCGCGCUUUCCUGCUUUGUAAAUUUCAACAGGGGAUUGCGUGAUCUUAGUCAGCACGGGAAAUUAGUAAUACAGGGGAAAGCCCUAGCCCUAAGCCCUAAAAGUCAAGAGGAGGAAAGUAGAUUGGUAUAGAAGCAAGCAGCAGUAAUAAGUAGUUGUAGAUAGGCGGAUACUUGACAACAAAGAGUAGCAAGGAAUAUAGAAAAAAGUACAGAGACAGCUGGAUUAUUUGCUGGGAUGACUGCUGAUGUCUGCUCCCCCGUAGUCCACCCGCUUGCCCUUGCGCGGCGACACCCUCCUGCUCGGCCGGACUUCUUCGUCGUGCUGCCCUCCUCCUUCAUCGGUGAAGCGAGAGACCUCCCUGUUUGCCGGGCUGACCUCCAGCGGGCGGCGGUCGCGGUGGCCGUUGGCUUCUUCCUCGCGGUCAGAAGCCGUCCGGACAUCGGCAGGGUCGCGGUAGCAGAUGUCGUAGGCGCUUCGUUGGGAGGCGACCUCGCUAUCCCCGCCUGUCUUGGAGUACUCGCCUCGAUCGGUGUCGAUGCCAUCGCUAGUGUUACUACUGACCUGUCUUGUUGUUCUAGUGGUCGGACGUCGUCCCAGACCCGGUAGUAGUGGCAGACUUCCUAGACUUGGUCGUAGGAGGCGAAGUUGCAGCAUGAUGACCAACGGAUGGAUGGCUCUUCUUGACGUCUGUUCUUAGAAAACUUGAAGGAUCGGUCUUUUUCUUUUUUUCUUUCUUCCGGUAGACAGUCUGAUAGACAGAUAGAUGUUGCUGUUGAUAGAUGUCUUCUUGAAUCCUUUGAUGCUCUUCUCCCCCUCGCCUUCUUUUGCUGCUGCUGACGUCAUGUCACGUGGGGUACUUCCUUGAUAUGGUUGCGGAUGCCGAGGUAGCUAGUGCUUAGGUAAGACGCUAGACAUCAGGGAGCAAGGAUAAGGGGGUGAUGCGCCGUAGACAGGAGCAUGGUUGCUUGGUAGACCUGGCAGAGACAUGGUCGACAGAUAUCCAUGGUGGUUGCUAGACUAGACGGGGCGCAGUCAGGCAGCGUGCAUAGAGGCUCUUAGGUAGUAGUGAGGCAGAGGACAUGGGUAGGCAAGCUAGGUGGGAAGUGGAGAGCUUAAGCCUCAUGCAAUUGAUGCAGAUAGUAGUUAGAUGCCGUCAGUAGGUAGCUAGCUAAAGAAGUUGUAGUGGAAGUGCUAGAGAUGCAGGAUGCAGUAGUUGGCGGAGGGAAAAGUGGUGAUGCCUGACUCAUUAUUCAGUCCACAGCCUUUCCAUGGUUGAGUAAAGCAGACUAGCCACGUCAACAGGUAGACUGGCAGAGCAUUGACAUGCUGGAGGCCUUUCCUGCGGCGUAGCAGACAGAGAGAUAGUCAAGGAAAAGCCAAAAGUGCCUGAUCUGCAUGGACAAAGACAACAAGUAGACCCUGCUUAGCCGUUGGAUACGAUAACCCUCAGCAGCCAGGGAGGGCAGCCAGGGAAGGUAAAGGAGGAAGUAGGUAGGCAGGCAGGCAGGCAGGCAGCCUCAUUCAACCUGCGGACAGGUGGGUUGAACUGUCAAAAAAGAAAAGAAAAAAUGUCCUUCUGAGCUUGUUGGUUAGGCGAGGAAAAAAAAUCAAUGCAGUUGGAGUCAUGCAUGUAGCAGACUUCAACUUCGACAUCAAUAUCAACAUUGACAGGCAACAACCUAAGCGAGAACGAGAGUGAACUCGAACGGAAUACAAACUCAAACGCCUUCAAAGUCAAAUGGGUGUAGAGGCAAGAAGGAGGCGGAAAAGUGAACAGACGGGAACCAACAGGAAGAAGAAAUGAAGCUGACAGAGCUUGACAGUUGACAGCUCAGGGAUCAUCAGCCUUGCUCUGUCUCAAGUCUUCGUUGUAGCCCGAAGUAUAAGAGUAGAAAAGACAAAAAAGAAAAAGAAAAGAAAACAACUGACAGCUGCAGCUAGUGGGUCGGUAUUGAUCAGGCACGGCUCCCUCCCAAGGUUCGCUCCGG